GAAAUAAAGACUACCACUCGGGUGCACAGGAUAUGCAGAAGAGAAUUUAUGCGGUGCUUCAAGCCCGAGAUCCAACAUUUGUGCCCGAGGAGCAAGGCUUUCCUGGAUGGCUGGCUGACUAUGAGCCCCGAAUCACCGUUCCAACUACCCCUGCUAAUCACCAGGGGGUCGAGGACACUGAAAGAGUCACUUCAGAAGGCACUCGCGACAGCUCAGAGAUCCUGAUGGACCUUGCAUAUUUGGACUCGGCUGCUAACCUUACAGCUUUGGCAGCAAUGGAUCACGAUUCGGUUCCCGCGGUACCCGACACCAAACGUCAGACUAUUACGGACCUAAAGGAAGAGCAGGAUCAAUCAAGCGCCUUACAACUUGAGACUAACUUUGUUUCACCUACGGGGCCAUCGGAGAGUGGAGUGCACCAGGGGGUUGAGGACAAUGAAAGAGUCACUUCAGAAGGCACUUGCGACAGCUCAGAGAUCCUGAUGGACCUUGCAUAUUUGGACUCGGUUGCCAACCUUACAGCUUUGGCAGCAAUGGAUCACGCUCUGAUUCCCUCGGUACCUGACACUAAACGUCAGACUAUUAUAGACCUAAAGGAAGAGCAGGAUCAAUCAAGCGCCUUACAACUUGAGACCGACUUUGUUUCACCUACUGGGCCAUCGGAGAGUGGAGUGACCGGAGAGCAGGAUCAAUCAAGCGCCUUACAACUUGAGACCAACUUUGUUUCACCUACUGGGCCAUCGGAGAGUGGAGUGACCGGAGAGCAGGAUCAAUCAAGCGCCUUACAACUUGAGACCAACUUUGUUUCACCUACUGGGCCAUCGGAGAGUGGAGUGACCGGAGAGCAGGAUCAAUCAAGCGCCUUACAACUUGAGACCAACUUUGUUUCACCUACUGGGCCAUCGGAGAGUGGAGUGACCGGAGAGCAGGAUCAAUCAAGCGCCUUACAACUUGAGACCAACUUUGUUUCACCUACUGGGCCAUCGGAGAGUGGAGUGACCGGAGUCCCUCAGUCCCUCAUGGCUCACGCUAAGCUUUGCCAAAAAUUCAAGCUUCUGUCGGACAGCGUUGAAGCCAUACAGUGGGGCCUUGCUUACCAUGCCAAGCAGAUGGAGGGCCCCGCUUACCAUGCCAAGCAGAUAGAGGUUAUGAACCUUCAGAUCAACCAAUUGAAAUCUACCUUAGACACGGAGCGGUAUAAUGCUGAGCGUUUGAUGCUAGAGGACUUGAACCUUCGGAUCGACCAAUUGAAAUCUACCUUGGAGUUGGAGCGGAAGAAUGCUGAGCGGCUGAUGCUGGAGGUGGCUACUUCCCGCCAAGCGGCCUUGGACGAGUACAAGGGGUUGGCCAUUUUCUAGGAGGAUGUUAUGGUAGAGGCUCGCCAACAUCUACAGGAGUUAGCCAUGGAGUGGCUAGGCACGUCGAUUGGGAAACAUACCUAGUUGACUCCGGAAAGAAGGACUACCACUCGGGUGCACAGGAUAUGCAGAAGGAAAUUUAUGCAGUGCUUUUAGCCCAAGAUCCUACAUUUGUGCCCGAGGAGGAAGGCUUUCCCGGAUGGCUGGUUGACUAUGAGCCCUGUGUCAACGUUCCUGCUACCCUCGCUAAUCACCAGUGGGUCAAGGACAUUGAAAGAGUCACCUCUAAAGGUGCAAGUGGCAAUUUAGAGAUCUCAGAAGAUAUAUUUGGACUCCACUAUUAAGCUUACAGCCUUGGUAGAGAUGGAUCACGCUAUGAUUCCCCAGUUACCUAACACCGAACGUCAAACUAUUACGCACCUGGAGGAAAAAGAAGAUCAGUUCCUUUCAACUUAACCGCACCCGUCGUGGAGCAAACGACUUCAUUCCACCUACUAUGCCAUCAGAUAGUAGAGCGAUCGAGGCCCCUCAACGAGCGAUCAGAUCUGUUUUGUUUUUUGCUCCCCCUCUCUCUAUUUCCCCUUCUCUCUCUCUCGAAUUGUAAUAGAGAUAGGGUCUUUUGAAAAUUUUAAUGAAAGUGAAAAUGCUCGGUCUAAGUUGGACAAAAAUCCUCUUGACUUUCCGCCCA